AGUUUAAUUAUUUCUUUUUGACAUUAUUCCCAAAUCGAAAUCACUAAUUUUUGUGUUAUCAUUUUAAUUAUUUAAAGAUUGAUAAGUUAUGAAUAGUAAAGAAGGAACUACAACAUGGCUUUGAAAAAGGUUAAAGGUAACUUCGAAAGAAUGUUUGACAAAAAUCUUACGGACCUAGUUCGUGGGAUCCGAAAUAACAAAGAUAAUGAGGCAAAGUACAUAGCGCAAUGCAUGGAAGAAAUUAAGGUAGAGUUGCGACAAGACAAUAUCGGAGUGAAAGCUAAUGCAGUCGCAAAACUAACAUAUCUACAAAUGUUAGGAUAUGAUACAUCCUGGGCAAUAUUUAAUACCAUAGAAGUGAUGAGUUCUAAUAAGUUCACUUAUAAACGCAUUGGAUACCUUGCUGCUAGUCAGUCAUUCCAUGCAGAUUCUGAAUUGCUAAUGCUAACUACUAAUAUGAUUAGAAAAGACCUGAAUGCUCAAAACCAGUAUGAAGCAGGCUUGGCUCUAAGUGGACUUAGCUGUUUUAUAUCGCAUGACUUAGCAAGAGAUUUAGCAAAUGAUAUUAUGACUCUGAUGAGCUCAACUAAACCAUACCUUAGAAUGAAAGCUGUGUUAAUGAUGUACAAGGUAUUUUUGAGAUAUCCUGAAGCACUACGCCCAGCAUUUCCCAAGUUAAAAGAAAAACUAGAGGACCCAGACCCUGGUGUUCAAUCAGCAGCAGUGAAUGUUGUUUGUGAACUGGCCAGAAAGAACCCCAAGAACUAUCUUUCAUUAGCUCCAGUGUUUUUUAAAUUAAUGACUACAUCAACUAACAAUUGGAUGUUAAUCAAGAUCAUCAAAUUGUUUGGUGCCUUAACCCCAUUAGAGCCCCGUCUUGGCAAGAAACUGGUAGAACCAUUAACUAAUUUAAUACAUAGUACAUCGGCAAUGUCGCUGCUGUAUGAGUGUGUCAACACUGUGAUCGCAGUGCUGAUCAGCAUCAGCAGCGGUAUGCCCGACCACGCCGCUUCCGUGCAGCUGUGUGUACAGAAACUAAGAAUACUCAUCGAGGACAGUGAUCAGAAUCUGAAGUACCUGGGUUUGUUGGCGAUGUCGCGUAUACUGAAAUCGCACCCAAAGUCAGUGCAGGCUCACAAAGACUUGGUGCUUGCGUGUCUCGACGACAAGGACGAAUCCAUAAGACUGAGGGCGUUAGGCCUUUUGUAUGGAAUGGUGUCAAAGAAGAAUUUAAUGGAGAUAGUAAAAAAGUUGAUGGUACACAUGGAGCGCGCGGAAGGUACGCUGUACCGUGACGAGUUGCUCACGCGCAUGAUAGAGAUCUGCGCGCAGAACAACUACCAGCACGUCGUCGACUUCGAGUGGUACAUUACCGUGCUUGCCGAGCUCACGGAGAUGGAGACCAGCUCCAAACAUGGUUGCAUGAUAGCGGCGCAGCUGACAGAAGUGGGCGCGCGUGUGGCGGAAACGCGUGCGUUCGCGGCGCGCGAAUGUGCCGCACUGUGCGCUCGCGGGGCCGCAGAGGCGCCGCGGGCAGCAAGCCGCGAGGUUCUCUAUGCCGCCGCCUAUGUGCUCAGCGAGUACUGCACUGAAGAAGACGUGAUGCGUGAGUCGAUAUCGCCUCUCGCGUUGUGUGCGGGCACGGGCGCGAGCGGUGCGUACAUGCGCGCACGCGCCGUAUGCGUGCACGCUGCGCUUAAACUCGCCGCCAAGCUACUGCUCUUGUAUGAACAACGCAACGACCUGCCUUCCGCGCUUGAGGUAUUACGCGAGACACUAGCGGGCAUGCAACCAUUGUUAUGUAGUGAAGACAUGGAGGUACAAGAGCGAGCUCAUAACGCGACCGCUCUGCUGUCGCUCAUACUGCGUAAACUCAACCCCACCGACCCAGCACUGAUUGACUCCGAGCCUGUGCAGAAUGACGUUACCGAUAUACUUGUACAACAUGAACAAAGCAAUGGAUUCGACAAAGACAUCGCAGAUGAAAUAAAUGGAGAAGAAGUGAGCCCCAGUUUUAGCGGUGGACUGAUUGAGGAGUUUGCCAGCCUUUUCGAAGGCGAACUUAAACCAGUAGCGCCGAAAGCUCAGAAGAAAGUACCUAUGCCGCCCGACCUUGACUUGAACCGGUGGCUAUCGCACGAUGUCUGCUCGUCCGAGAGCUCGAGCUCUGAGGGCGAGGACGAGAAUGGAGCACUAUUCACCGCGCCACAACCGGAUGCAGUGCCCAUCCAACAGUUUACUCCUGAUGAGCUAGCUAUGUUGCGCGAGGCUCGUCGUCAAGAGCAGGCCAACAAUCCCCACUAUCUGAAGGACGACUCGCCGCGCUCCUACCAACAGGACGACGUGCAGGUCGCUGAGAUAGCGCUCGAAGUGCCCCUACUAGUGCAAACUAAAAGAUCUGAUAAGUACUUGAGUAGAAGAGAAAGUUCAAAGAAGGCCAAGAAGGAUAAACGGCCUACAAAGAAACGGAAGAACAAAGUUGAAAGACAUUCCACAGAUUCGGAAAGUGACGAGGGCGCAAGAGGGGAGCGGCCGGCGGUGGCGGAAGGGGGGGAGCUGCCCGACGGCGCCUCGCUGUCCGACGACGAGCCACCACCGCGUGACGACCCGCACCGAGCGCUGGACCUAGACCUGGACGUGCCAUUACGUGAAGAGGAAUUACUGACAUCUAGAGUACAGCAGUAUCCCUCGCCGGAAACCGGUUUAUUAAUUAAGAAAAAAGAAUCAUCUAAGAAAAACAAGUCCACAGAAAAGAGGCGUUCUGAAAAAACUGGCCAUAAGAAGAAAGUUAAGAGUUCCAAACGCAGUAAAGGUGUAGAUUUAAUGCUGCCGGAAUUGUUAGAUAAUGAUUUAGGUGAUAAUUUGCUACUAGAAACCGAAGAAAAGAAUCAUUCUCAAAGUAACAUUAUAAUAGAUGAGCCUGAAAGUCAACGGGAGAAACUUAAGACUGAAAAACAUAAGAAGUCGAAGAAAGAUACUAAGAGCAAGGAUUCAAAGAAAAAGAAAACUUCGAAAAAAGAUAAGUAUGAAACGAAACUCGGCUAUGAAGAAGCAUUAGGUAUUUCCACGCCUAGCAAGGAAGUUGUGUAGUGUACGGCAAAAUAACGAAGUUUUACCGAUCUACGGAAUCCUUGUCUCACAGUCUCAGUGCAAUUGUUUGUUUGAACAAUUAGUUAUAGUUAGUCGUAUAUAGAGUGAGAUUUUGAGAUUGGCAACGUUAGGCUGGUAUAAUAACCUUAGGUAGGAAGAUUUAGAAAAACCAUUUAGUUUGCUGUCAACGUAAUAAACCCAUAAUCAGCGCUCUACAGGGCACGGGUCUCCUCUCAGAAUGAGAAGGGUUUAACCGUAGUCCAACAAACUGGCAACGUAUCGAUUUUUAGACUUCACACACCUUUGAGAACAUUAUGGAGAACUCUCAGCCAUGCAGGUUAGAAGUGCGGGCUGGGGAAUGAACUCGGAAAUGGAAGCCAAAGUCUUAACCACUAGGGCAUCACCACUCGUUUGCUAUAUAUAUGCUGCGAAAACCAGACAAAUCUUUACGUUGUACAUUAGUUUCUAUAACACGGUACAUAUCUACAGAUAUUACGCUCUCUACCCUACUUUUUCUCCGUCACCGGAGCAUCCUUAUGCCUUGAUUACACUUUGUUGUUAUUCGGGUGUUUAAAUGACUUCAUUUAAAAAGGCACCUGAUGAAUUUAUUGCACUAGUAUAUACUGUAUAUGCAUAGGAAAACGGUACGGUGUUAAUCCCAUGUCAUAUACCAUUUGGUUCUAUCCAUAGUACGAUCAAGUGUAAUCGCGGCAUUAGGAUAUAUUGAUUAGCGACGUUUUUGAUUGUAGCAAAUUAAGAUAAAAUAUUGUUUAUGUACUUUUGAAAACUAACUGAAUUUUUCUCCAAACAAAAUAACACUCAAAAUCUCACCCUAUAUAAAAUAUAUUACAGACGAUGUUUUCAUUCAUCUUUAAGUGAAACAUGUCCAUUUAUA